AUGUGUGACCUUCAAGGCAUCCUGAUUGGGGUUCGUAUUUACUUUUUCCUUUUUUAAGGUCCAGAUUACAUAAAGGACCAUUUACCGAAAAUUCAUCAGCAUACUUCCUGUAUAGGAGAAAAUCGUCCAGUGUUAGAAAAAACCGGAGAUCUCCAAUAUCUCUGGAGGCCUGCUCCACAUAGAAGCAUGCCCGCCCAAUAUAAACAUGAGUAUGUGGGCGAAAUCGGCUGGGGAGUGCAAAAGUAUAAUUUCAUCAACAAAUCAAGACUCAGGAGCGGCUUUCAUAUCAAGGAGGGAGAACUAAAUCAAGAUGCUAUUGAUAAAAUAUCCCACAGAUAUCAAAACCCAUGGCAACCCAAACCUCAGGUCCUGGACGUGCAAGGAAAAUACAGUCGUGCUUUUAUGGCCUGGCACGUGGGUGAUUAUGAGGAUACCAACCAGAGAAAUUCCAAAUGGGCCAUGCUUGUUAAGGAGAGUAACUCACUGCCAGGGAGACCUGCCAAGUCUUCACUGCUGCCAAAGCUGCCAAUACAUAAAAAGCACAAGGUUUACCGGCAGGGACUGGCCAUCCCCUUGGCUUCCUUGGCUGAGAAAGCACUCAACCGGGAAAUGGAGGGGAAUCUCUAA